AUGGAGUGUGGCCACUUAGUAUCUAUGGCACAUAGUAAGAUAGGGUCAUCUUUACUUGUUAAUGAUGGUGCUACAAAUAUUUCCCAGAAAAAUAUUGACGCAGGCCUCCUGUUUCGCCUGGCUGAUAGCAAGGACAUAGUUGUUUCGAAGAUUGAAGAUAGGAUAUCAUUAUGGAGUUUUAUUCCAAAAGAUAUUGCUUUGGUCUCAGAGCAUGGGGAGAGCAUGCAGAUUUUGAAGUUUGGAGCAAACAAAAGUGACCCUAACAAGGAAGAAACUCAAUCGAGCAGUGGUGCCAAUAGGCUUGUGACAUUUUUCAUGUACCUUUCUGAUAUCAAGCAAGGUGGUGAAACUGUUUUCCCGGGAUCCGAGCUGAAGGAUACUCAAGCCAAGGAAGGGACACCUUCCGAUUGUGCUGGUUACACAGUGAAACCUGUCAAGGGCAACGUGAUUCUGCUGUUCAAUUCAAGGCCUGACGGAAUCGCCAACAAGGACAGCCAGUAUGAGGCAUGUUUUGCCAGUAAGGGGAGAAAUGGCUCGCCACAAAAGAUAAAACAUAUGCAUGCCAGCAAGAUUGAUAAAUCAGAACCUUCUCAGGAUGAUGGUUGCACCGAUGAAGAUGAUAACUGUGUCAGUUGGGCUGCUGCCGGCGAAUGCGACAAGAAUCCAGUGUUUAUGAUUGGAAGUCCAGACUACUAUGGCACUUGCAGGAAGAGCUGUUUUUUUGUUUUCGUGCAUUGCCCUUAG